UUAUCUUUGCCUAUCGGUAUAUAGGCAUUUUUCAAUAUUUAUCAACAUACCAAGUGAAACGCGAACUUCUCAACACUAGUCGGAGCAUAUAUUGACACAUUGAAGGAGAUCAGUGGAGCGAAACGUUUCGCAAGUUAAGCCACAGCGCGCCUAAAGCUUCCUCGCAUUGCAGACUGAAUUGUAUCGCCAGCAGCACCGCCGUCGCCUCUCAGACGCCAUCUCCCUGCCCUGCUCCCAGAUUCCAGACAACAUGUCACGUAGUGUGCGCGCCGAGACACGCAGCCGGGCCAAGGAUGACAUCAAGCGCGUCAUGCAGGCCGUCGACAAGGUGCGGCACUGGGAAAAGAAAUGGGUGACCAUCAGCGACACGACCAUGAAGAUCUACAAAUGGGUGCCCAUAUCGUCCAACAGCGAGAAGAAGUCCAAGCUGCAGCUGAACAACAAACUCAGCGACAAGGAGAACUCGCAAAAGGGCACGCCCACCCCGCCUCAAAUAACGCCCAGCUACGCAGGGCUCACGGCCGAGGACUCCAAUACUUGCUUCUCAGUGGUGAGCGACAGUCAGGGAGCUGACUUCGUGUCCAGCAUGCCCUUCUCCGAGGACUCCAACUCACAGGGCAGCGAUGGGCCGGUGAAGCGCCUCAAGACGAGUGAUUAGCUAGCCGUCCACAUUCACCACACGUUUAUCAGCUAAGCCAAUCCCACACAGGCACACGCACACGCACACGCACACGAACACUCACUAACUACGUAUGUAUGUAGUAGUGUACAGACGGUGUGUGCAUGGGCGUGUGCGUGUGAGUCGUUCGGAAUUAUUUAAACAAUUUUUUUAUAUAGAGAACUAAACGUAAACGAGUUAAAUUGUAAGUAAACUGAUAAUCAUCUGCCUCACCAAGACUUAAGCAAUUCUCCUAAAAAGUCUAACCAUAAGUAAAUGAUACCUAAACACAUUAACUUAAAUAUGCAUACUGUACACAUAGUAUUUAAUAUACAUACGCAGGCAUAUUGCUCUAUGAUCAUAACGUUAGUUAGACCUAAGACAGUCACACUUUUAUAUGCUGUAUGCUUUUAUUGUACGUUGCGUCGCGAUCGAGCGGAUUGUCCCCUAUGUUUAGGCCCUUAGCAUUUAGCACAAAUAAUUAUAUCAAUUUAUUUAUUUGCACAAACAAUAAACAAACAACAAAAUGAAACAA